AUGCGGGGCUGCAGGCGGGACACCCGCACCCCCCCGGGACGCAGUGGUUCAGUCCAGCCCGGCCCGGGGGCGGGGCCUCAGGACGCGCCCGUCGGCAGCGCCCAUUGGCUGAGGCGUGGCGGCGCCGCGCUGUUGGUUGGUUGUUAUCUCCGCCAAUCGGGCGCUCGGGACGUGUCGGCGCCGCCCAUUGGCCGGGCACCGCAAGGGCCCGCCCCGGGGGCCGUUCCUGUCAUCCGGGGCGUGGCGGCGCGGGGCGAGGCUGCCGCUGGCCGGCAGCGCUGUCAGUCACGGCUGGGGGGGGCGGGGCCGCGCCUCCCAUUGGUGCCGGCAGCCGCCAAUCGCGGCGGGGGGCGGGGCUCGGUCCCUUUGUCUCCGUUGUUGGGCGUGAGGCGCGGGCAGGCGGCGCCCGAUUGGCUGGGCCGGGGCGGCGGCGGCGGCACCGAUUGGCCGAGCCAUGGAGCGGCCCGGGAGCGGCGGCGGCGGGGCCGAGGGGGCCUGGGCCGCGCUGCUGGGCGGCAGCACCAGCAGGCCCGGGAGUUCUGCCCGGGGGUGAACAACCAGCCCUACGUGUGCGAGACCGGGCACUGCUGCGGGGAGACCGGCUGCUGCACCUACUACUACGAGCUGUGGUGGUUCUGGCUCCUCUGGACCAUCCUCAUCCUCCUCAGCUGCUGCUGUGCCUACCGGCACCGCCGGGCCAAGCUGCGCCUGCAGCAGCAGCAGCGGCAGCGGGAGAUCAACCUCAUCGCCUACCACGGGGCCUGCGCGUACCCCCCCUCCGUCAUGGAUCUCAGGAUGUUGGCCUCCUUCAAGCUGCCGGCCUACGAGGAGGUGGCCCAGCGCCCCGGCACGCCCCCCCCGCCCUACAGCGCCGUGCUGGCCCAGCGCGGACCCCCCCGCCCCGGCUCCGGCAGCCUCAGCCUCUCGCCCAGCUCCGAGCUCUGCUCCAGCUGCUCCUGCGGCUCCAGCUGCGCCUCCUCCCCGGGCAGCUCCAGCGGGGACGGGACGGGACGCAGCUCCCCCAGCCCCGGCGGCGGCACCGCCAGCACCGGCACCGGCACCAGCUGGGAGCUGCCCCCCGAGGAGGUGCCGGCCCGGGAGGAGGAGGAGGAGGAGGAGGGGGGCAGCCCCCCGAAGCACGCUCUCUUCUCCUCUACUGUGGACUUCUUCGAGGUGGGGGGGGAUGGCGGGCGCCCCUGCUCUGACAUCGAGGAGGGUGAGGAAGAGGAGGCAGCGCGGGAGGAAGGCUCCGGCAGCACCGGCACCGGGCAGCACUUCCGGCACCGGCGGCUGACGGGGGACUCGGGCAUUGAGGUGGGACGCUGCCCUGAGGAGGAGGAGGGCGAGGGCGAAGGCACCCACCUGCUGGGACCCCGCUGCGGGCUGGGGGGGGGUGAGGGGCCCAUCCUGCCUGUCUGAGCCCCCCCCACACCGCCUGUGCUGGAGGAGGGGGCUGUGCCGAGUCCCCCAGACCCCCCCCCUCGCCUUGGAGCAGCUACGAGGUGACCCCCACCUGCUCAGAGGGCGCCUGGGGCCCCCCCCUCCCAUCUCCCCACAGCCGGGGGCUCGGGGCAGUGUCCCCGGGGUCUGGACUCUCACAAUUGAGCCCCCAGGGACCCCUUGCCCUGACUGACCCCCGCCCCCCCUCCAUGCUCUUGGGGUGCCCCCACUGGAAUCCCUCCACCCCAGACUGCUUCUGGGGGCUGUGUGUGUCCCCCCUGGGGAUGGGGUGAUGGGGGUCUCAAGUUGUGUCCUCACACCAUUAAAGAGAUGUGGCCGAUGGCAACGCCGUGCCUGA